CCUGGCGGCUUUACGUGUUGGUCUCAGCCUCCUCUUUUUUCUUCGGUCAUCGCGAUCUCUCGUUGUUUAUUCAACCUUUUUUUUUUUUUUUUUUGCUGCCUUUGAAGAACCAUUGCUAUUCGGACGGUUCCUGGUAUAUCUUGACAACUCAUCACCUCCGUCUCACCCCCCGCUUGUUCCGUCUCGAUCACCGGCGCUUAGGGCACUCGUUUCGUCAGUUACGUCCUUCGAGUUCGCCGUCUCUUAUCCUCCGCAUCGGUAUUUGCCAUCGGCUAGCUACUGGAGUGUGCAUACCAGAUCGAUCCGCCCCGUUUCUUGUCACCGCAUGGUGCAUUCUUCGGAGGUGGGGAUCGCAUAGAUCUCCUUCAGAUUUCAACAUUCCAGUUAUCAAGAUCGCGUGUCUGUGCUAGGGAAAGCCACAAUUGAUAAAAGGGCAAUAUGUCGCCUAACCCGGAGAUGUCUGCUCCCGGGAGCAGUACAUACUCCUCGAAUACUUUACACGUUGGUGAUGGAACAUGGGACUCGGGUCGGGAUACGUUUCUUCUUCCCAAUUUAAUGGGUCUGAAUUUUGAAACCAUGCAGUAUAAUGGCAUGGGAAAUCGAUUCCGUGAUAUGCCUAAUUACCGUACGAUGAUAUGCGCCCAUGGUGUUCUUGCGACGAUCGCCUUUCUCGGCCUCGUUCCCGCAUCCGUUUUGAUAAUACGAUACUAUUCGCGAUGGAACCCAUACUGGGCUUUUAAAUUGCAUGUGUGGUGUCAAGUGUUGACUUUGUUCAUGAGUACCAUUGUGUUUGUGCUCGGCUGGUUUGCCGUCGGACCUGAACGGAGCUUGUCGAAUCCUCACCAUGGCAUUGGAUUGGCAAUUUACGUGCUUGUCAUCUUCCAGGUUAUGUGGGGUUAUCUGGUGCAUAGAAUCGAGAGAAACAAGAAGAGAUAUCAUGUUCCCUUUAAGCUGGUUAUCCAUCGUUGGGUUGGCCGUAUUCUUGCUAUCCUGGGUAUCGUCCAAAUACCAUUGGGUCUCACCUUAUACGGUUCGCCGAAAGUGUUCUUCAUCUUGUUCGCAAUCGCAGUCUUCACGCUUUUCGUCGCAUUCUUUGUGUUGUCCUACCUAUACGAUACCGAAGGUUAUCCAAUGACAAGCGAAUACGAUAGUCGAGCAAGCUAUGUCUCCGGACCUUCGGCCUCUGAGGAACACCACCACGGCGGCAACAUUGGUCGAAUGGCAGCAUUAGGAGCAGCAGGCGCUGGUCUUGCUCAGUUGUUCCGGAGACGCUCACAGCAUCAAGACAGACUGCACGAUUAUGAUGACUCCCAUACAUCGUAUAUGGACGAGAAAUACUCUGAUGAAGAAUCGCGCCGUGGUGAUGGUGGCGGCGGCUGGGGCAAGAAGCUACUCGAGCUAGGCGCUAUUGGGGGUGCCGGCUUCCUCGCCAAAAAGCUCUUUGACAGGAGACGCAGUCGUGGUGACGACGACACCGAGUCGGGAACAUAUAGUCGAGCGCACACUCGAAGUGAUAGCAUGACCGAGGAAACGAUGAGCAGAAUGGAAGAUGGCCGACGACCAGAACCAACUCAUCGAACGCCUCUCUAUCGACCACCAAGCAGACCCCCGAGUCGACCACAGAGCCCUGGCUCAUCCUACUACAACAGUACCUAUCUGACCGAUCACGACCAGGACCGUCCAAACACAGGCCGUAAUGCUUUAUUCGGAGCCGGAGCCCUAGGAGCACUCAAGAACCUCUUUGGCGGCCGCAAGAACAAUGACCAACGCCGUCUUGAAGAAAUGCGCCGACAAGAAAUGGAAGAAGACAGACUCGCGCGAGCAAACAGCAACCGACGCCGCUACACUGAUCCCCAACACAGAAGAGACGGCUCCUACACCGCAACCGACGUCACGUCCGAUGUAACAAGACCGCCGCACGAGGAAUCUUUAAUCUCAGGACGCCCUCCUCGCCGCAACACAUACGACGGCCAACACUCCGAUCUCCCGCCCGCACCACCAAGCCACCACCACGACAUGCCCUCCGAAACAACCGGCUACGACUCCGAGCCCGGCGCCGCCCCAAUCCCUAUCCCAGGCCGCCGCCGCCGCCGCCGCAGCAACAGCAACAGUAACAGCCGACACCGCGACGACCACUCCUCCCCCCCAGUCUCCGUGGAAUUGAAAAUCCCCAGCGAUGGCCGCCACGUCACCCUCCGGCGCCUCACCGAAGAAGAAGCCGCGGCAAAUCGCGAAUCCCGCCGCAAAGAACGGCGCACCUCCCGGCGCCGCAACCAAAGCGCAAGCUCCCUCUCCGGCAACGAAGGCGGCUCCAACAACACUUGGCGCCGCGUCGAGGAAAUCGAACGUCAACAACAAGAAGAAAUGGAGCGACAACAAGCUGCUGCAAGGGCAGCCGCUGAAAACACACACUCAAUCGCUCCGAGCACGAGUAUCCCGCCUUCUUCGUAUGCGCCGCAUCCUUCUCGGAUGAGUGGUAUGGCGCCUCCGCCGCCGCCGCCGAUGCAUCAGUCUCAUCCUCCUUCGACGCUGCCGUAUGGGUCGGGGAGUUAUGCGUCGCCGGGUCCAGGGACGUUUACGGGGACGGAGGCUAGUGGGGAUUAUGCGAAUAAUCGCCGGCGGAGACGGGCUGAAAGGGCUAGGAGACAGAAUAGUGUGGACUUUACUUGAUUGGAAGUAACAAGUAUCUCUUUUCGCUUUCCAGGUUGGUGCUUUUGUUUCUGAAUCUUACCCGAGUUUCCUUGUUAUGGAAUGACCAUGCGGCACUUGUUCUUCAUGAUGGACUGAACUUGAACAUAUGGGAUGAUGAUGAUUUCUUUUUGUUUUUCCUUUGUUAACUGGCGUGUUUUCCUUAUGACCUCGAACGUUCAUGUCUCG